UACUCCAUCAAAACUGGUCAUAAUGUCUGCUUUGAAGUGCCCACUCCUCAACAAAUACCCUCUGACCAGACCUUCUCUAGGCAAGCCAAAGUGUGGUGCUGUAUCCACCAGGGCUGCUUCACAGGUCGUCAACGCAGCUGCUGUACUGCCGAAAAAUCUGAUAGGUAUCCAUUCAGGCGUUUUUGUCGGCGACUGGAGACCAGAGGAUGCUGAACGUGCAGUGAAGGGCGCGAAGGAAGCCGGCUUUGAUCUGAUCGAAUUGAACCUGUCUGUGCCAGAGGAGGUGGAUGCAGAUCUCACGAAGAAGGUCCUCCGAGACUAUGAGCUUCAAGCCUCGGGCUCAUUGGGGCUCUCCAGGGCAACAGACAUCUCCAGCAGUGACACUGAGAUCAGGAGAAAUGGGAUCAAGCUGCUGUCAAAUGCUCUGAAGGCCCUGAAUGUGGUGGGUGGCAAGUACUUCAUUGGGGUGAAUUUCGGAGCCAUGGACAAAUACAGGGAACCGCUGACAGCUGAGCAAUGGAAGCACUGCGUUGCUUCUCUGAAGGAAGUGGCGUCAGAGGCAGCAGACUAUGGGAUUGAGUACGGGCUGGAGGUGGUCAACAGAUAUGAGACCAACAUCCUCAACACCGCCCAGCAGGCAAAGGAGCUGGUAGGGGACAUUGGCCUGGACAAUGUCACAAUCCACCUGGACACGUACCACAUGAACAUUGAGGAGAACAGCAUGGAGCAGGCGAUUCAGGCGGCAGGCAACAAGCUUGGGUACAUCCACAUUGGCGAGUCCCAUCGGGGAUACUUGGGCACCGGGUCUGUGGAUUUCACUGGGCUGUUCAGGGGGCUGGCUGCCAGCGGUUACACAGGGCCGCUCACCUUUGAGAGCUUCUCCUCUGCAGUCGUCAGCCCAUCCCUGUCCAACACACUCUGUGUAUGGCGCGACCUGUGGGAUGAUCCCGAUGACUUGGCUGUCAAGGCGCAUGGCUUUAUUGAAAGCAACUGGGCAGCAGCCUACCAACUUUACAGCCGGCCAAAGGCGUGGUCCAAGCCUGUCUAGGGUAAUGUGGUACUUCCUUUCUAGUGGUCCUGUGCCAAUGCGUCCAUGUCAGGCACUUGAAACUUGAGAUGCGCACUUUGCCACGAAUUGAGAGGUUGCUUGUUCGUUCUUGCGGGAGGUUUGUUCCUGCAUUUGAAAGCUGCCUUUGUGGUCGCCAAAAGCUGCCUUCUUAUGUGGAGUCCCCCAUUAAGUCGAUAGUAUGUAACUUGGUCGUCAUG